AUGGUUGUUGCUAAAAUUGAGGCCAUUGAUUUGGACAAACCAUGGUACUACACUGCCUGCAAUUCUUGCAAAAGAAAAAUGGCCAGACAAGGAGAUGGUUUUGAGGGAAACGUGCAACAUCUUCAACAUAACCCUAUAUACAACUGCAAAACAUGCAACAAGGAUUUUGAACAUGCUAUUCACUGUUACUAUUUGGUUGUACGUAUCUCUGAUGACUCAAAGGGAGAAGCCAAGUUUUUGCUUUUCAACAAUAUUCCGGAGAGGCUCAUUAGGAGACCUGUGUUUGAGUUAGUCCAAGAGGCUGCUCAGGAAAAUCCACAUUUUCUACAUCAAUCUCUAACUGAUUUGAUUGUGAGAAAACUUCUAUUUAAGAUCACUAUCGGAACUUAUGGUCAACAAGAACAGAAUUCAGCAUAUGUUGUUGAUUUAGUGAUUGAUGAUCCAGACAUAAUUCAACACUUUGAUCCACAUCCGCAUUUUGUGAUUUUUAAUGAUUAUGAGUCGGAAGAGGACUGA